CAGCUCCCAGGGUUUGGUUCAGCCUUGAAAUGGAGAAUUUGUCUGAAACUGAUCAGCGCUGGUCAAUUUCAGACAGCUCCGCAGGGCUGCAAUAAAUCACGCUGGGAAAUAACACCCCCCUUCACACCCCCAUCCAUCCAUCCAUCCACCCACCAUCCCUUUCUCCCUCCCUCCCUCUCCUCUUUUCCCCUGAAACAGGCGAUCACCUCUGAUCCGCAGCCUUUUCCUUUCAAACCACUCACUCCCCCCCCCCAAAAAAAGCCGGAGGAGGAGAAGAGACGCUUCCAUCUCCCCACAGCCCCUGCUCGCUUUGCGCCGCAAGCCCCCUCCCCACCUAGGAGCCUGCCGCCUGGAAGCAGAGACCAGCCCCUCCACCCUCCUUCCCCAGAACGGAGAGACACAAAUCCAGCGCUAGAGGCAACGGCAAACAUCCCUGAUCUCCGGAGCUGCAGAUGUGGCGGAGCAGCCGACGGCCCAGGCGCUGGGGGUGUUCCAGGGAAAGCAGCUCUUUCUUCUUCCAGGCGAGCUCCCCAUUUGCUUCGGCUCCCGGGGCCCCGUGGAAACCUGUCCUCCCUGCUUCACCAAUUUGCAGUCUGCUGUGAAAAUUCCGGUACGAUCCUCCGACACCCCCCUCCAUCUCAACCCCCGCAGCAGGCAAGAGACACACAAAGCGGCGAGGAGCAGAGGCUUGUCUCCCCCCUCCCCCGUAGAAAAGGUUGCCUGGGCACCCUGCCCCUGUCCCCGGGCUGCAGGGGGAGCAGGCCCCAGAGGACACCGUCUGCUCCCUGCCGGAGGACGCUGCUGGUGGCCAAGCCGGGCACCAUGCACUCCCUGGAUGAGCCCCUCGACCUCAAGAUCAGCAUCUCCAAGCUGCGGGCAGCACGGGAGAAGCGGACACUGGGCAGCACCAAGCACCGGGGCUUGCACCGCGAGCUCAAGAGCCAGGAUGAUGAUGCCGCAGCAAUGGGCCCCGGCUCGCCUGGCUCCCCGCUGGCCGGUGAGAGGGGGAGGGGCGUCCAGGGCCCCACCCGGGGGGACCGCCUUCCUGCACCCUCUGGUCCCCUGCUGCCCUCCAAGUACCACGACAAACGGGACGCUCGCUUCUCCUCGACGCCCCUGCUGGACCUCAGCCUGUCACCCCCAUCCGGCCUGGACUCCCCCGGUGGCAGCACCUCGCUGUCCCCUGAGCGGCAGGGCAGCGGGGACCUGCCCAUGGUCCCCAACCCCCAUGAUUUCCCAUCCCUGCGCUACAUCGACGGCCUCCCGAGCUCCUUCCAGUUCUUCCUGCCCCUGGGCUCAGGCGGCGCCCUGCACCUGCCAGCCUCGGCCUUCCUCACCCCCGCCAAGGAGAAGCGCCUCUCCCCGGAGCUGCCCCUGCCGCAGCAGCUGGUGUGUCGCUGGGCCAAGUGUAACCAGCUCUUCGACCUGCUCCAAGACCUGGUGGAUCACGUCAACGACUUCCACGUCAAGCCGGAGAAGGACGCGGGUUACUGCUGCCACUGGGAGGGCUGCGCGCGCCAUGGCCGGGGCUUCAAUGCCAGGUACAAGAUGCUGAUCCACAUUCGCACCCACACCAAUGAGAAGCCUCAUCGCUGCCCAACCUGCAACAAGAGCUUCUCCAGGCUGGAAAAUCUUAAAAUCCACAACCGCUCGCACACAGGCGAGAAACCCUACAUGUGCCCCUACGAGGGCUGCAGCAAGCGCUACUCCAACUCCAGCGACCGCUUCAAGCACACGCGCACCCACUACGUGGACAAGCCCUACUACUGCAAGAUGCCCGGCUGCCACAAGCGCUACACGGACCCCAGCUCACUGCGGAAGCACAUCAAGGCCCAUGGCCACUUUGUGUCCCACGAGCAGCAGGAGCUGCUCAAACUCCAGCAGCCUCCCAAGACCCCCGUCGCCUCGGCGGAAGUGCCUUACGUCAACGGGGCGCAACUCAUCAUCCCCAACCCGGCCGCCCUCUUUGGCGGGCAUGCGCUGCCCGGCCUGGGAGCCUCUCUGCCCAUCCCCCUGGCCCCGGGUCCCCUGGACCUCAGCACCCUGGCCUGUGGUGCCGUGGGCUCUGCUGCGCUGUCGGGGCUGCCCAGCCCCGUGCUGUCCCUCAAUGGGGCGCCACUCAACUUGGCCAAGAGCCCCUUGCUGGCAUCUCCCUUUGGGGCUAGCGGGCUGGGGCUGCCAGUGGUGUCCCUGCUUGCUGGCAAGACGGACGUGGAGAAGUGCCAGAUGGGUGACACCAGGGUGGCCAAAGCGGGCAAAGCUCAGGGGCUCGAGAGCCGCAAAGACUCGUGUGACAGGACUGAGCGGGCCCGGCUCAGGCGUGCUCCAGAGAGCCUGCCGCUGCUGCCCGGCGCAGUACUGGACCUGUCCACCAGCGUGAGCUCUAUGGGCAGCCCUGAGGCCCUGCCGCCCGGCUGGGUGGUGAUCCCCCCUGGCUCCGUCUUGCUGAAGCCGGCUGUGGUGAACUGAGUGAACGAAGCCCAGAUGCAAGACAAGGCACCACCUUGGCCCGAGUCUUGAUGGGUGAAUCCGCCAGCGGGGUGGCGGGGAGCCGGACCUCCUGCCCCCUUCCCCUGCGACUGCCGCUUGGGUCUCGCUUGGACCCUUCACGAAAGAAGAGUUUGACUCUUCUGAGAAUAGCAAUAAUCCCCAUCCCAGCCCCGCGGCCGGCCCGCACCACCGGCCCAGCGCAGGCCGCUCCAGAUGCCUCUUCGUGGGACCCCCUGAGACAGCUAACUGCCCCCUCCCUGAGUCAGCCGCACCCUGGCGCCUCCUGCUGGCUCUCCAGGGGUUGCCAACGCUGGCACAGGACACAGCAGGAGCAGGCUCAUGGCUCUGGCAGGCGCUGGGCUGGGGCACCAGGGUCGGUUGUGGCAGCAGAGCAGGUGCCAGAGAGGGACCAUUGCGGAGGGACCCGAGCCAGGCCAUGGCUCUGGGAGCAAUGGGGCGUGGAGCUGGAUCAGGGCCCUAGGGCCAGCCUGGUGUGCCAUCGCCCCGUCUCUCCCUGGGGGCUGCCUGCCCCAGGCCUAAGGCAGUGGGAGGCGCCGCUAUUUAUUUAUCUCACCCAACCCCCCACUCUGACAGGUCCCGCGUCGGGCCCUUGUCCCUGGUGCUGACCAGGCGCCCCCUGCCUGAGGCCUGAGCCACGCAGCCACCUGCCACCUGCAUUGAGGUCCCAACACCCAGCCCAUGCCCACCCCCAGUCAGUGCCAGGUGCUCAUGUACUAGCGCCCUCUGCUGGCUGUGUGCAGCCCAGUAGCUGGGUGGGUUUGAGCGAUCCCAGAGGAAGGGCCCAUUGACACCCCCCCAGCCUGCGGCUUCUGAGGGCCGUGGCCCCUGGCCCCUGCAGCAGAGCUGCCCCCUUGGCACUGGCAGCCCUUGGCACCUUCCUCUCUGGCUCAGAGUAAGCCCCCCACCCUAGGAUUGGUACUGCCAUGGCAUUGGUCUGGCAGGCUCCCUCCACUCCAGCUCCGGUUCCCGCACACGGUGGGACGCUGGCUCAUUUCCAGGAGCCCCCACUCGAGGGGAUCUAGCGCCUCACUUGCCCCAACACCUGCCACUGGCCCUCUUCCAUCACCCACCUCCCAGUGCCUGCACCAGCCCGGCCUGCAGCACAGCCAGCGCCCCUGGAGCCAAGUGGUGUUUUCCUGCCACCCAGCGCUGACCCAGGAGCAGCCAGCCCAGCCAUGUGGUACCACCAGGAGCCGCCGAAGCAGGGGUGUUCCCAUUGUCAUCCCCCAGCUGACGGAGCUCCCACCAGCCAACUGGCGCCCUGCCCAGUCUGACACCCCACCCCCAAGAGCAGAUCAGCCGGGCCCAGAAUGCACCCAGCCGUCCCUGGGCCAGCGGAGGAGGCAGAGCUACUCACCCGCAGCUGGGCUUGCCUGGUGGUGAUGCCGGCAAGACAAGACCACGAUGAACUUCUGGACUGCAGCCCCAUUGCCCUUCAGCCCUGGGUUGACUGGACUGAGACAGACAGACGGACCCCCAGUCCCAUGGGGAGCCCUGCCCCUGGACCCCUCCCCCGACAACGCAUACUGGCUGAGUAUGCCGCUCACCGGCUCCCAUGCCCCUUCCCCAACGAGGGGGGAGGGCGGGGGCAAGAUCGCCUUCAGCUCUGUUAGUACCUUAGCAUGCAACAACGAGUGUGUGUGGCUGGCCAGCACUGCAGGGCGGGAGUCCCGCCCAGCUGUGAACCCUGGCCCGCUAGUGUCCUGGCCAGCCCAGCUGGGAGGCGGGUGCCAGGGGCAGUACUUCAGUUAACACCCUGAGUGGGCAGACUGCUGCAGGGCCCCCCCUCCCCCAGCACUGCAGGGAGCCCUUGGGCCACCACCCACAACCUGUUGCUGCACCUGCCAAGCCCCCAUUCUGGCCAGCUGCCAAGGUGAGCCCCAUCAGGCCUGGGGCUGAGCCCCCACUGCUGUUCCUCCCCCCACAAGGCCUGCUGCUGAUGGUCCCCAAACUGGUUUUCCCUCCACCCUUUGGGCAGAUCACCCCACGGAUCCAUUGCCCAUCUCCCAGUGACUGGCUCAGCAGCUGCAACCUUGUCCAGCCCAGCCCCAGCCCCACUGCCCGGAGCCCUGGCUAGCCCUGCUCUGGCACACGCCACCUUCCUGAGGUGUGGCUGCCAGGCUGCCUGUGGGCACAUGGCCUGGGCAGGCUGUUGCCCUGAAUGCUCCCCUGGGCCUGUCCUCAGCCAGGGGCUGCAGCAUAUGCAGGUGGGAGGGACCCCAUUAGCCCUGUCCCCCACACACAGAGUAAUGCCCAUGGGCUGGGUGCAGCCAGCUGCCCCAUGUUCUUCUCUGGCUCCGUUGAUGGGCCCAGCUGUGCCUCCCCGCUGUCCCUGCCCCAGGGGGUUGGUUGGAGACACCCCAGCCAGCCCCGUGGCAGCCUGGUGAGCAGCAGGCCCAGUGCCAGGCUGAGACCAAGCGGCAUUGGGUGACAGCUGGAUGCCCCUGUGGCACCCGGUCCAGGGGAGGAGCAGCAGGAGGCAGAGCCUGGCCCAUCAGAGCACUGUGGUUAUGGGUGCCAGUUGUUGGGGAGCAUGAGCUCCCCCUAGCUGGUCUCCUGUCCCCCCUCCCCCAUGCACCUUGCUGGUUAGAAAGCUAAUUACACACAAAGCAUAGGGCCACUCUCACUGCCCACGGUGCAGGCUGGUGGGAGGGUUCUGCUACCCCACAGCACUGGGGGCUGAGGUGUCUGCACCUCCCAGCCACGGGGCAUCACGGCCCUCACUCGGGGGGGGAGCGGCUGGUGAGGUGCUGGGGCUCUGCCUGAGUGAGGGGCAGCAAGCCAGCCUAAGUUACAGCAUUAAAUGUGGGGUGGCCAAGGCUGGGGCCUGAGACUACAGUUCCCAGCAGGCACUCCACCCCUUUCUGAACAGUGCCUACUGGGAGCUGUAGUCUCCAGGAGACACCUGCCCAUAAGGAAUAGAGUCACAACAAUGUGCAGAUUGGGCUCAUGCCAUGCGACCCAGCGGGCUCCUCCCAACCUGGUCAGGGCCUGGUGUGGUUGCCCCCAGCAGGGAGCAGAUCUGGGCAGGGUUGGCCUCUACACAACAUAGGUCUGGAGGUUCAGCUGUGGCCAAAGAGGGCAGGCAUGUUGGCUGGCUGGCACCACAGAGCUGCACUGAGCCAUUGUGGGUGAUGCCCGUGGGCUCAGCCUGUCUCUUCAGCUGGUGCUGGCCAGAUGGCCCCGCGCAGUAUGUACCGUAAGCUAUUCUAGACACUCCAGGGCCAGCCAGGCUGGCCUAUGGACAUAUAAGCUACAUAAACUCUUUAGACUGAUUUAGCACUUUGAGUGGUUGCUCCAGAGCCAAGCUCCUUGAGCACAGCUAGGCCUGGGCAUGGCAUGGCUGUGCCCGCAGGAGCAGGCCCAGGCACUUCCUGAGGACAGGGCAUCUCCAAGCAGCCACCGCUUGUACCCAGGUCUCCUGGCCUCUCCCCCUCCCCACGCUUGCCCCUCAGACACUCCCUCCCCUGCAGAGGGAUUGCUCAGUGCUCGCCCCAAGGGGCGCCCUUGCAGGAGGGGUCUCGCUGUCUUUUCCGCUCCUCCUGAUACACAAGGGGGUCCUGCGUACCUCUCCCCUGCCCUCAGCAGGACCCCUGCUCUGCUGCCACCCUCCAACCAGGAGAUCCCCCUAGCCAGGCUCUAGACCCCCUCACUGGCCACAUCCUCCACCUCAAAAGCUCCAUUGCAGCUGCUGGAGGGAGGGAGGGGCCCUCAGGGUCUGGCUGUUACAGCACUGCAGCCUGGCUGGCAGGGAGCCAGCCCCCCAGAGCCAACGCUUGGGGGGAACCUGUUGCUGCGGGCGAGCAUCACACCUGCCAGCUCUGGGGCUGCCGAGAGAUCCCUGCCCCCUCGCCCCAGGCCGGGCGAGCAGCAUGCCACUCAAAGGGUUAACAGUAGCACAGCAUGUGCUUUGUGAUAGACUAGGCCUGCCAGGGCCGGUAUACGUUUUGUUUUUCGGUCGUCGUCGCACAUUCCAGGCUCUCGGUAUUUUACCCGUCUCUAAGUGCCUUUCUCUGGUAGUGUACGUUCUUUCUCCUCUUGGCUCCAUUGCUGUUAGCAUAGCGUUUAACUAAAGAAACAAAGCGAGAUGCUCACGACUGCCCCUCUCGGCCUCCAGAGGAGAGGAAGUUUAUUAAGAAAACAAUAAAGUGAAUUGACAAGUUG